AUGGCUAGAGUGAAAUUUGAAUAUGAACCUCAACAUAAUGACGAACUUCGGCUUGGAGAGAUUGGACAGCUCAUCACUAUUAUCCGAAAGGAUUGCGGGGAUGCCGGAUGGUUUGAAGGAGAAAUCAAUGGACGCCGCGGCUUGUUCCCAGACAACUUCGUUGAACUUGUUCAGGUUAGCGUUUUGAAUAUCUCGUUAUUGAAGGUGCUUUAUUUUGUUUUCGGAACUUAUUGGGAAUGUCCAUGA